CCUGAUCCGGGUUACGGCAGCCUGCAAGGGGGGGGGAAAGCUGUGGGACUAUUGUCAGUUGGGCUCUGCGGCGGGGGGCCCAAGCCAUUAGCUUCAUUUUUUUUAUUUUUCCCCCCUUUCUGCAGAGCCGGGCUGUUGUGUUUGAGGAGCGGUGCCGGGAAUAGGUGUUGCUUCUAUGGGGUCGAAAAGGAGAAGGGCAACUUCCCCUUCCAGUAGUGUAAGUGGGGGGGAUUUUGAUGAUGGACAGACUUCGACCUCCACCCCUGUGAGCGGCAGAAAAAGGCGACGCACCUCCAAUUUACCAACUGUAGAUCCAAUUGCAGUUUGUCAUGAACUAUUCAAUGCUAUUAGAGAUUACAAAGAUGAUCAUGGAAGGCAGCUUGGUGAAUUGUUCCUUCGUGCACCAAAAAGAAGAAAUCAGCCAGACUACUAUGAUAUUAUCACACAUCCUAUUGACCUAAUGAAAAUACAACAAAAACUGAAAAUGGAAGAAUAUGAUGAUGUUGACCAGCUAACCAGUGAUAUACAGUUAAUGUUUAAUAAUGCCAAAACUUACUAUAAGUCUGAUAGUCAGGAAUACAAAUCUGCUUGCAAACUCUGGGAUCUAUAUUUACGGAUGAAAAAUGAGUUUGUGCAGAGAGGAGAUUAUGAAGACGAUGAGGAAGGAGAUGGUGGAACUGAGAACCCCGGGACAUCAACAGAGGAUGAGAAUUCAGGAAGCUGCUUGAAGGAAGUAUUAGAGCAACUGCUUGAAGCCAUAGUCACAGCAAGCGAGCCUUCGGGAAGACUAAUUAGUGAACUAUUCCAGAAGCUACCAUCUAAAGUGCAUUACCCUGAUUAUUAUGCAAUAAUUAAGGAACCAAUUGAUCUCAAAACAAUUGCACAAAGGAUUCAGAAUGGUGCAUAUAAGAGUGUCAAUGCGAUGGCCAAGGAUAUAGAUCUGUUAACAAAAAAUGCUAAAACUUACAAUGAACCAGGAUCUCAAGUAUUUAAGGAUGCAAACACCAUUAAAAAGCUAUUCAUACAGAAGAAAACUGAUAUCGAACAUGCUGAGCCAAUGAAGUCCAGUCUUCGAAUCAGAAACAGAAGAUCUACGCAAGCUGAUCGACAGCCAUCCAUACCUAUGACAUUACAGUACUGCUCGGAGAGUGAUGAAGAUGCCCUUCUAGCUGGAGCUGUUCGAUAUGAUGAGGGAGAAUCGGAGGCUGAGAGUAUCAGUUCCAACAUGGAUAUUACAAAUCCCAUCUUCCAGCUUUAUGAGGCUGUCAGGGGAGGACGCAACAGCCAGGGACAGCUGAUUGCGGAACCUUUUUUGCAACUGCCUUCUAAGAAAGAGUACCCAGAUUAUUAUCAGCAAAUCAAACACCCAAUCUCCCUGCAGCAGAUACGAAACAAGAUGAAGAACAAUGAAUAUGAGAAUAUGGAGCAGAUUGAAUCUGACCUCAUGCUGAUGUUUGAAAAUGCCAAGCGCUACAAUGUUCCCAAUUCGGCAAUUUACAAGCGCGUCAUGAAGUUACUGCAUUUAAUGCAGCUGAAGAAGAAGGAGCUCUUAAGGAGGGAUGAAGCAGAAGAUGGGGACAGCAUGCUUUCUUCAGCUACUUCAGAUGCUGGCAGUGCAAAGAGGAAAAGUAUCAAAAAGAGCACUAAGAAACACAGAAUGAAGAUUCUGUACAAUGCAGUAACAGAGGCACGUGAAGCAGUUUCAGGAAGAAGGCUUUGUGAUCUUUUCAUGGUCAAGCCAUCCAAGAAGGAUUAUCCAGAUUACUAUAAAAUAAUUUUGGAACCAAUGGAUCUGAAGACUGUUGAGCACAACAUACGCUCUGACAAAUACCUUACUGAGGAAUCCUUGAUUGAGGAUAUGAAGCUUAUGUUCCGAAAUGCACGACACUACAAUGAGGAAGGAUCACAGGUAUAUAAUGAUGCCAACGUGCUUGAAAAAUUAUUGAAGGACAAAAGAAAAGAAAUGGGACCUCUGCCUGAAGAUGAUGAUAUGGCUUCCCCAAAACUGAAAAUAAGUAGAAAAAGUGGUAUAUCUCCCAAAAAAUCCAAGUACUUGACUCCUUUGCAACAAAAGCUGAAUGAACUUUAUGAAGCAGUGAAGAACUACACAGACAAGCGGGGUCGCCGUCUAAGUGCCAUUUUUCUUAGAUUACCCUCACGGGCUGAACUACCAGACUAUUAUGUAACUAUUAAAAAGCCAAUUGACAUGGAGAAAAUCAAGAGUCACAUGAUGGCCAACAAGUUUCAGGAUGUGGAUUCCAUGGUAGAAGACUUUGUUCUUAUGUUUAAUAAUGCCUGUACAUACAAUGAACCUGAAUCUCUGAUUUACAAAGAUGCCCUGGUACUCCAUAAAGUGCUUUUAGAAACUAGAAGAGACCUUGAAGGAAGAGAAGAUUCUCACGUCCCCAAUGUUACCCUGCUGAUACAGGAGCUGAUCCAUAACUUGUUUGUAUCUGUGCUAAGCCAUCAAGAUGACGAAGGACGCUGUUACAGUGACUCUCUUGCAGAGAUUCCAGCAAGAGAUCCCACUAACUCCAAUAAGCCUUUCUUGAAUUUUGAAAUAAUCCGAAAAAACAUUGAGAGUAAUCGGUACAGGAGGCUUGACGUCUUCCAGGAACACAUGUUCGAGGUUUUAGAAAAAGCUAGACGACUAAACCGAACUGACUCAGAAAUUUUUGAAGAUGCCGUGGAGUUACAACAGUUCUUCAUUAAAAUCCGAGAUGAGCUGUGCAAAAAUGGCGAGAUUCUCCUUUCCCCAGCUCUUAGCUACACAACAAAGCAUCUUCAUAAUGAUGUAGAGAAGGAGAAGAAAGAAAAGCUGCCGAAAGAAAUAGAAGAGGAUAAACUUAAGAGGGAAGAAGAAAAGAAAGAAGCUGAAAAAAGUGAUGAUCACACUGGAGGAUCGUGGCAAUCUGGACUUCAGCGUACAUAUAGCCAGGAUUGCAGUUUUAAAAACAGCAUGUACCAUGUUGGGGAUUAUGUGUAUGUCGAGCCAGCAGAACCCAACUUGCAACCCCAUAUAGUUUGCAUUGAGAGACUUUGGCAGGAUGACACUGGUGAAAAAUGGUUGUAUGGCUGCUGGUUCUACAGGCCAAAUGAAACCUUCCACUUGGCCACUCGCAAAUUUUUAGAAAAAGAAGUGUUCAAAAGUGACUACUAUAAUAAAGUGCAAGUCAGCAAAAUAUUAGGGAAAUGUGUGGUUAUGUUUGUAAAGGAGUAUUUCAAGUUGCAUCCAGAGGGGUUCAGGGCUGAUGAUGUAUAUGUCUGUGAGUCACGGUACUCUGCCAAAACAAAGUCGUUUAAAAAGAUUAAAAUGUGGACAAUGCCACUAAGCUCUGUGAAGUUUGUUCCACGUGAUGUGCCAUUACCAGUGGUACGAGUGGCUUCUGUCUUUGCGGCAGCCACCAAGCAUGAUCAAGAUAAACAUUCUGAGGGACCUGACGAAGGCAGAGGCUUGGAUUCAAUCAGCAUUAUUGAUAAGGACAAAGACGACGUUUCCGUGGAUAUGCCCAAUGGAGAACCUGGCUGUGUAUAUUAUGAACAGCUCCGGUACAAUGACUUGUGGCUCAAGAUUGGUGAUUGUGUUUUUAUUAAAUCACAUGGAUUAGUCCGUCAUAGGGUAGGGAGAAUUGAAAAGAUGUGGGUCCGUGAUGGAGCUGCAUAUUUCUUCGGCCCAAUUUUUACUCACCCAGAAGAGACCGAACAUGAGCCAACUAAAAUGUUCUACAAGAAGGAGAUUUUUCUGAGUAACUUGGAGGAAACCUGCCCCAUGACAUGUGUUAUAGGGAAAUGUUCAGUUUUAUCCUUUAAAGACUACAUCUCUUGUCGUCCUACUGAGAUCCCCGAAGAGGAUGUCUUGGUUUGUGAGAGUCGGUACAAUGAAACUGAGAAGCAGAUGAAAAAAUUUAAAGGUCUCAAACGAUUCUCCCUCUCUGCCAAAGUUGUAGAUGAUGAAAUCUAUUACUUUAGAAAACCAAUAGUGCCUCCAAAAGAACCAUCCCCAUUGUUGGAGAAGAAGAUCCAAGAGUUGGAAGCAAAGUUUGCUGAACUGGAAGGCGCAGAUGAGGAUAUGGAGGAAAUGGGUGAGGAGGAGGGAGAGGCCAUGGAAACAACAGUUCAUCCUCAGAUGCAGACACCCCUGUCCAAUGAACUAGACAUCAUGCCUUACACUCCUCCACAGUCAACUCCCAAGUCUGUGAAGGGCACCUCGAAGAAAGAAGGCUCUAAAAGAAAGAUUAAUAUGAGUGGGUAUAUCCUCUUUAGCAGUGAGAUGAGAGCUGUUAUAAAGGCACAACACCCAGACUUCUCUUUCGGAGAGCUUAGCCGGCUGGUAGGAACAGAAUGGAGAAAUUUGGAGUCGACAAAAAAGGCAGAAUAUGAAGAAAGGGCAGCAAAGGUUGCAGAACAGCAGGAGCGAGAGCGUGCCGCUCAACAACAGCAGCAGUGUACAUCCCCAAGAGCUGGCACCCCGGUUGGUGCCCUGAUGGGAGUUGUUCCUCCACCGACCCCAAUGGGAAUGCUAAACCAAAACAUGACUCCAACAUCAGGCAUGAAGGGUGGCUAUGGACCACCUAUGUUACCCUUUCAGGGCCCAGUUGAUGGCAUGGUCAGCAUGGGCAGCAUGCCACUGCAUCACCUUGGGGUCCCUCCUUUACCCCAUCAUCUACCACCAGGUAUGCCGGGCAUCCCAGGCAUUCCUUACCCGGGUGUAAUGGGUCCGAGUGUCAGCACAAUGGUUGGAAGCCCAGCUAAUGCUAGUCCAUACAGUCAGCAGAUGGGCGUGCAUAACCAAGGUCCACAAGCUCCACCCCCUUACCCAGGUCAAGGACCACCAGGGCAGCCUGCUUUGCAGCAGCCAUCCACACCCUUAUUCGUUGCUCCACCACCAAAGACACAGCGACUUUUACACUCGGAGGCCUACUUGAAAUACAUUGAGGGUCUUCAUACGGAGUCGGGAACUGUCAGCAAAUGGGACCAAACGCUUACAGCGAGAAGAAAAGACGUUCACCUUUCUAAAGAACAGGAGAGCCGUCUGCCUUCUCAUUGGCUGAAAAGCAAAGGUGCCCACACUACGAUGGUUGAUGCACUUUGGCGCCUGCGAGACUUGAUGUUGAGAGAUACCUUGAACAUUCGGCAAACGUACAACUUGGAAAAUGUUUAGCAAAUUUCUUUUUCCAAAAAUCUUUUUUUUUUUUCUUAAAUGUUCACUGGAAAAUGAGGUCCAGAAGGAAGUCUUAUUUUAUUGUUUAAUUUAAAAAAUACAGUUCUGAAAGGUUUUAUAAGAAAUCUUUAAAGUGAGGUUGGUUUGAUGUUUUUUUUUUUUUUUAUUAAUAUUUUUUAUUUGAUAAUUCUGUUUUUUGAGUUUGUCCAGGCAGCUCUUUUAAGCUAUUUUUUUUUUUUUUUUUUUUUUUUGUAUUUGCAAGUUUCUCAUCUGGUAUACAUUGUGAAAAUGCUUAAUAUUUGUUGUACUGAUCUCCAAUAUGAACAUUUUCAUAUGAAACCUGAUGGGAAAAGUUGAUGUUUCUAACAUCAUAAUUUUCAAUCAUGCUAUUUCAUCUGAUGUCCAGUGAGUUGAAUUCACAAGUUUCCAGACUGGGAAUAAAGGAGAAAUGGCAAAAGGGAUUGAAAAAGGUUUGUGGUGUGAACUGAUUCUAUGCAGGAAUAAACUACGAGGGACGUUCAAAAAGU